AAGUGUAAAAGAAAUUGUACAUACGACGUCGUUUUGAAUAUGUUUUAUUAACUAACUAACUGUCUAAACCCUUGUCUCCGUUUCCCUUCCCAUUGCAGCCACGCUCCUAUUAUACAAUUCAGAUAACCGCUUAUUUUCCCCUUCUAAACCCUAGGUAGCGUUCCAACGUUCACACUGUGAUAUCAAUAUAAUUUUUUUUUUUCGAUUUUUAAGAAAAUUUGAGUUUAAGUUUAAAAAUGGGUAGUAGGUCUGCAAAAAAAUCUAAAAAAAUGCAAAAAAGUGACAGUGAUUUGGAUGAAUACGAUGAUGAUAUGUCCUUCAACGAGGUUAAUGAUGAUAGUGAGGUGGAGGAGGAAGAGGAAGAAGAUGACGAGGGAAGUGAUGAGGAAGAGGAAGAUGAGAGACAAGAGGAAAGUAGAUGGAAAGACGAUGAAAUGGAACAACUUGAGAAAGAGUAUAUGGAUCUUCAUCACCAGGAGCAAGAGCUAAACACUUUGAAGAACUUGAAGCAUCAUAAGGAUGAAGAUCUCCUGAAAGGACAAGCCGUGAAAGCCCAGAAGGCCCUCUGGUACAAAAUUCUUGAGCUUAGAUUCUUACUUCAGAAGCCAUUCUCAAGUUCAAAUAGGCUACCCCAGGAAUCAAUAAAAGAAUCAUUCUGUGAAUCAGAUGAGACAGUUCGAGGUGCAUAUGAAGAUUUGAUAACUUCUUCCAAGGAGACUUUGGAUUCUAUAUUGGAACUGCAAGAGGCUCUGAUCGCAAAGAAUCCAUCAGUCGCUCAAGCCAGUAAUGGUACAGAAAGGUCAUCAAAAGAUUUAGAAAUUUCUAAUGAUUUGGAUGACAAUCUUGAUCAAGAAUGGGCACAGAUUUCUCAGAUGCACAACAGUAUGGCAACUUUCAGGGACAAGUCAAUCAACAAAUGGCAGAGGAUGACACAAGUGACAACUGGUGCUGCUGCAAUUAAAGGAAAAUUGCAUGCUUUUAAUCAGGAUAUCAGCCAUCAAGUUGCUGCUUAUAUGAGAGAUCCCAGUAGAAUGAUCAAGCAGAUGCAACUGAGAAGAUCAGCUAUUAAAAUAUUUGGAUCAGUUGCUGAGGUUAAUGAUAGCUCUAAUGAACCGGAAACACAUGCGGACGGUGAUCCUGAACUUCUGGACGAUUCUGAAUUUUAUCAGCAAUUAUUGAAAGAAUUUUUUGAGACAAUUGAUCCUUCAUCAUCAGAGAAAGCAUUUUAUGCUAUGAAAAGAAUGCAAACCAAAAAAAGAAAAAUUGUUGAUCGCCGUGCCUCAAAAAGUCGUAAGAUAAGGUACAAUGUUCAUGAAAAGAUAGUAAACUUUAUGGCUCCUCGGCCGGCAAAUCUUCCUCCCAUGGCGCCAAUGCUAUUUGAUGACCUGUUUGGAUUGAAGACUCAAAGAUCAUCUGCUGCAGCCUCGUAAUCACGGUUGGCCGUGAAACAUAAAGUUUUGGCUUAUUACUCAGUAUUUGUUGUACUAAUUUGCCUCCAAUAUGAUGUUGAUUAUCGAAGAAUUUAACUUUUCUCUUACGAGCCAAUUUUGCUGUAAAUUUAUUUGGAAAUCGACAUGUGAAAUAUUCAAUUUCCUCACCUUUAGAUUAGGCAAAAUGCUUACUAAUGCACCAAGAACAACCUGGAGGAUCUUUCUUAAUAUUGUUCCAUGAUGAGAUAUUUCUAUUCUUUAUAGUUUUUGGCCUUAGCCCUUCGAUUUUCAAGGGCUAAUUCAGAGUUUGAUUGGGAAGUAAAAUCAGAUUAAUGUUUGUUUCAA